GGGUAUUAUAGUGGCGGGAUACGGUGCAGUAGCGCUUCAGUAUUGCCUUACAGUAUAUAUGGCACUUAACGCCCCAGCUGCUGCAGAACUACAAUUCUCAGAUGCUUAAGGGCUCCGCAAAUAUAAGUUCGUGUGUAAGUUGAGUGCCGGGAGUCCCCAGUUUCUGUGUGUAAACGUAGUGCCCCAGCUGGGGAAUGCUUCAGAGGCAGUACUCUCACACCCGGAAUGCUUUCGCUAGCCUUCCGUCCUGCCUACCGCUUCAUUAGCAUGCAAAUUAGAACAAGCUGAGCUCCCAGCUCCUCCCAACCCCUCCCACUUGGGUACUUUGCAUUGUUAUGGGGGAGGGGUAUGAGAGGCGGAGCUAGAACAGGGGGAAGUGAAAAAAAUAUAAUCCUGCCUGAGCACUUUCCCCCCUAAAAUAUGAUCAAUUAAUUUCUGGAUUUUGGAUUUUUUUUUCAUCAUGUGCAUGCGAUUGUAGGCGCUCCAUGUUGGUAAAUGUACUGUCCCCGGCUGCGAGUGUUGCAUCCUCUGAACAGGCUUUGCAAUAACCCUCUAUGUGUCUAGGCCACUUGGGUCCUGCAUUGAGAACCCGUGCUGGGAUGACUUGGAGACCCCGGGCCGACUGCUGCUCAAACACCGCGAUAGUCCAGUUGCCAUAAGACCUACUGGCUAUUGAUCAGGAAGAUGCUGACACAAAUCAUGUGAUUAACAGGAAAUCAUCAUCCAAUCAAGCACAAAAAUUGACAUGGACGAAGAAGAUGGCCGGUGUUUGUUAGAUGUGAUAUGUGACCCCCAGGCUCUGAAUGACUUCUUACAUGGACCUGAUCAGAUUGGAGGAGAUGACCUCUUGGAUAACACAGGAGAUGCUGCAAGUGCCUUCUUUGUGGGCACUGGGCUUCACGUUCAGGAAGCUCCCGGAAACCAUCUAACAACAGAAUCUAACCCUCCCACAGCAAGUGUAGAUUUAGACUUUUUGGAGGAUGAUGACAUUCUUGGGUCCCCUUCAGCUGGCAGUGCUAGCCUUGCCAGUGCUGAUCAGCCCUGUGACAUCCUUCAGCAGAGCCUGCAGGAGGCUAACAUUACAGAACAGACUCUGGAAGCUGAGGCAGAAUUGGACUUGGGCUCCUUCCAGCUUCCCACCCUACAGCCGGUGGUGCAGGCCGCCCCGGAUGGAACCCCCCAGAUAUUUUCUGGAGGAGCUGACCUUAUCGGGCUGCAACAGCCAGCAGUGUUGACCCAUCAAGCCCUGGUACAACAGUCUGUAGGGGCAGAUGUGGUCAACAAAGCUAUCAGUGUCCAACCUUUUCUUCAGCAAGUCGGCCUUGGCAAUGUUACUAUUCAGCCAAUCUCAAACCUCCCAGGACUACCAAAUGGCAGCCCUGGUGGGGCGCUUGGCAUUGGGCAGAUACAAGUGGUUGGACAGCAGGUCAUGGCCAUUAACCAACCUGCACAACAGCUUAUUGCCAAGCAGGUGCAACCAACUCAAGUUGCUAACUUACCUGUGGGCAGCUACUUGGCAGGGACAAAUACAGAGCAACAGCAAGUCACACUUACAUCAAGUGGAGUAUCACCACAGAACACAGGAUUAGUCUUGCAGAACAAAAUCCCAGCAGUGGCCACAACGCUUAAUGGGAAUUCUAUGUUUGGUAGUGUGUCUGCAGCACAGUGUACUCAGUCCCUCACAGUUACAUCUAGCUUAAACAGCCCGGUUAUUAUUCAGCGAACUCCAACUCCUAUUCAGCCAAAACCUGCUGGAGUCCUGCCACAGAAACUGUUCCAGAUAUCACCCAAACCUUUUAAUCCAAACAAUGCUACACUUACCAUUCAGGGAGAGGCUGCACUGCAACAGCCAAAGACUCAGCAGAAUUUGGCUUUUAUGACAGGUAAGCCAGGACCAAAUGUGGUGCUGUCCGGCUUUCCCCAGGGACUUCCCACAAAUAUGUUUAAGCAGCCACCUUCACAGCAGCAGGCACUUGGCAAGCCAAUGAGUGUUCAGCUUCUAAACCAAGGCAGCAGUAUUGUCAUACCUGCCCAGCAUGCCCAAGCUAUGUUGCAGGGGCAAAACCAGUUUCUUCUGCCUGGCCAGCUUGCAGGGGCAUCAGCCGUCCAACCACUUUCUGCCCUCCAGGCCAAUAUGGGAGGCCAGAUCCUUGCUGCCUCCCAUCCUGGUGGACAAGCUCACAUCAUUGCCAGCCAGGGCCCAGGAGGCCAGCUACUCAACCAGGCACUGCCUGCCCAAAUUCUUACUAACCAGAAUAUUGCUAGCCAGUUGAACUUGGGACAGGUCCUCGCAUCCCAAAAUGCACAUGGCACAGCUCACAUCUUGUCAGGGCCAAUUCAGCUGCAAGCUGGACAGGUUGGCCAACCCACCUUAUUUCAAAUGCCAGUGUCUUUGGCUGGAAGCUUGAGCACUCAAAGCCAGGCGUCAGUGGCUACAUCUUUGAAUCAAGCAGGGCAGACAGUAAUCCAAGGGGUAACUUUACCCAACCAGGUUGCAAUGUUCAAUCCGUCAGAGAAUCUUGGGCAAGCAGUUAGUAUCCAGCAGGCACCUACUGGCAACAGCCAGAGCCCAGGCAUUGUGCAGCAACAACAAGCUCAGCAAGUUGUCCAGGGUGCCAGCAUCCUUCCCAAUGCAGACCAGCCCUCUAUUUUGACCGUCCAAACUGCACAGCAGGCUUCUCAAGGCCAGCCCCAGCUUCAGUUGAAUGUACAACAGCAGACACAAUCUUUAGCUCCUCCACCACCUCAGCAAGCUGUCCAGUCUCAGCCCAGUCCCAGCUUGGCCACUAGCCCUGACAAGAUUAUCCUUGGUGGAGCGACAUCGGGUACUCUCCUGAGUGCAGAAUCCAUGCAGAUGUUCUUGCAACAGAAGGAUCAGCAGUUUUAUGAAGCAGCCUUGAAAAUGCAGCAGGAGAGCAGCCUGGUUCAGACCUCUGCUGCAACACACGUUCCUAUGCCAAUCUACAGCCUAGCAGCUUCCGCCAGCACAAUGAACAGCAGCAGUACCACCACUACCAGCAGUAGCGUCCCUGCCUCCGUCAUAGUGAGCAGCAGUGCCAGCUCUGCCUCCCAGCUCAACCGUGAGCUAGUCCAGAACCUCGGAACCGCAGCGGAGCCCAAAGGACAGAGCCACAUACCUCAUUUCCCAUCCAGCCAGUCUCAGCAGGCUCUGGCCUGCCAGAUUCCAUCCGGACAACAGAAGGUGCCCGGAGCCUCCCCAUCCCACUCGUUACCUCAUCCCCCAAGCCCACAGUUGCAGCCUUCCUCCUCCCACCUUUCUCAAAUGCAGUCACCCCACCAAUCUCGCCCCCCCUCGCAGCCACAGCCCCUUUCUAGACCACCUUCUCGUCCCCAUUCCCGCCCUCCAUCUCAGCCACAGAGUGUACCCCGCCCUCCAUCCGAACCCCUCUCCCGUUCCUGUACCCCACAGAUGCAGAAUCUUUUUGUUAUUCAAAACCAAAUUGCCUCACCGCAUGGGUCCUCGCAGCACCCUUUACGUCCCCCUUCUCAACCUCAGGUACAGACUCCAUUUGCUUCCCACCAGCCGUCAGAUAUUCCACAAACUUUGUCUUCCCCUCAGCAGCACAUUCAGCUUCAAGUUCAACUGAGUACCCCUCAAUCCGAGAUUAGAGCAGGUGUCCCUGUCUCCCUCCAAGCCACUGCUUCUUCAUCAGAUCCCCAGACCCACUCAUUCCAAUUACAGUUCCAGGCACAGACCCCCAUCAAAACCUCCAUCUCACCCCAAACUGCUGGACAGCCGCUCCAUCUCACCACGGAGUCCCAGCGCACCUUCCAGAUGACACACAGCCAGAUACAGGCACUUUCUCUCCAAAACUCAGUGCCCCAACAAAAACAGCUGUUGGAAAGGUAUCAACAGAUGCAGCAGUUGCAGCAAGGGCUAAUGCUUCCCUCCCAGCAGCAAAUCACCAGCACCCAGACAUCCCCAGCACUUGGAGGACAGUACAGUGGGCAGGCCCCCUCUGUGCUGACCAGUGGACAAGGACAACCUGUGCUCUCCCAAGGUCCUCUGCUUGGGCAUUCCCCCGGUCAGGUGUUGGUGCAGCCCACCCCUGACCUCUCCAAAGUGCAGGUCGGAGGAAGUAACCAGGCAGCACAACUUUCAACACUACUUCAGCAGCAACAGGCAACGGUUCUGGUCAAAAGUUCAGCUCCAAGCUAUUGUCUCUUAUCUGCAGGGUCUGCAGCUGCUACUGUGCCUCCAGACGUGAAUGUUUAUCCCAGCCCUGUGGGGAAAUCUGUCGGUGGGCAGUGUAAAUCUGUUGCUGCUCUUCCAGUACAAACACCGGGCAAGACAGCAGUGAUCAGCUCAGUUUCUGGACUAAGCUUGGGCAAGGGCUCUGUUCAGAUCCAGGUUGUUGGCAAGGGCAUGCCUCAAAUUGUUUCCACUGCUCAGACACCGGCCCAGCCACAGUUUGAAAGUAAAUUUGGAGCAUUGAAAAAACUUCCUACACUACAGCCAAGCAAGGAAGCUUGUUUUCUAGAACAUUUGCACAAGCAUCAAGGCUCAGUUCUGCAUCCUGACUACAAGUCUCCCUUUCACUCAUUUGAAGAUGCUUUUCAUAGACUUCUUCCUUACCAUGUAUAUCAAGGUCUUCUGCCAACUACACAUGACUUAAGAAAGGUUGAUGAAGAAUUUGAGGUUGUAUCUACACAGCUUCUAAAGCGCACUCAGGCCAUGCUGAACAAAUAUCGCUUGCUGCUCUUGGAGGAAUCCAAGAGAGUGAGUCCUUCCGCAGAGAUGGUUAUGAUUGACAGAAUGUUCAUUCAGGAGGAAAAAGUUGCUUUGUCCUUAGACAGGCAGCUGGCCAAGGAGAGACCUGAUGAAUAUGUAUCUUCUUCUUCCUCACGGUCUCAGACAUUUGUGCCGAUGGCACCCUCUGUAUCUUCCUCUCCUUGUCCAGUCCCAGCACCAGAGAUCCUGAAGCCUACUGUAGUACAGACUUCCACCCCAAUACACCCAACCAAGCUGGUGAUUAAGCACAGUGGCGGAGGUUCUCCUUCUGUCACAUGGGCCAAAGCAUCACCAUCCCUUGACACUGAUGAUGAUGCUCUUCCAUCCCGUAGCAAACCUCCUAUUAAGACAUAUGAGGCACGUAGCAGAAUAGGAUUAAAGCUGAAGAUCAAGCAAGAAGCUGGUCUCAGCAAAGUUAUCCACAACACAGCCUUGGAUCCUGUGCAUCAGAAUCCUCCUCCACCUCCUCCACCCCCUGCUCCACCUACAGUGCCUACCAGCACUGUCAUCAAAGCUGCUGUCCAGUCUACUCCAGCCACCAUCACUACCCCAACUGGGCAGAUGAAUGGUACAUUAGAGCAUUCUUUACCUGCUGAGAAGAAGCCUUUGGCGACAUACUGCCGGCUACCUCUGCGCAAGACAUACAGAGAGAAUGUUGAUGCCUUUGUCACAGGGAAACCAGCAGAUGUGUUGUCAAAAAUGGAUAAGCCAGCACAACCUCCUACUGUGAUGCACCAGGUAAAGCAGGAGGAUGGAUCAAGAAGUGUAAUUACAUCCCAUAAGACGCAAGGGAGCUCACAUACUGAAAAGGUGAAGAAAGAGGAGAAUGCCAAGCUUGGCAUUUACCACAGAGUGGAACCCAAGACCAACAACAGUGAUGAAAACCCUGUGGGGUUAAGGCAUGAUGUCAAGGAUGAUGAUCAGAGUUAUUACAGAAAGAUUAUUAAAACAGAACCUCCAGAUAAUGAGGCAGAGCUGAACUGGGAGAUGCAGCUUCCCUCCGCAAAAAGGCUAAAGUCAGAACCUUUCGAUGUUGACAAUGCUAGCUUCUCUAGUGACAGUCCGCAAGAUGAUACUCUAAAUGAGCACCUACAAAGUGCUAUUGAUAGUAUCCUCAACCUACAGCAGCCCCAGAGUGGUGGGGGAACAAAUUCUCUUCUUCGCUCCUCUACCCAGUCGUCUUACCACCACUCUUCAUCAUCUUCUCCAUUCUCCUCCCCAGUCCAUCGCACAGACUCUUACCUUACCCCCAACCACAACGGAGGCCUAGGUACCAGGACGUUAAAUAGAUAACAAGGGGACAAUAUAGAACUGAGUGAGCGAGCCAUGAGAUUUUAAUCUGUGUCUGGCUGAGGAGAAGAAAAUUUAAAUGGACAAAGGGAGUUUGCAAAUGGGACAUGAAACGCCAGAUUUAUCUGCAGCAGAAGGGGGCAGUAGACUCGUAUUUUCAAAAUAAGCCUCAAUAUUUUCCAUUCAUCAGUGUCCAACUGUGAGUGGUUCUGCAAGAAGAUUGUGCUGCCCCUCCUGUAUUGCGGCUGGAGAGGACGGCCUUUAAAUUGGAAAUGCGCAAUAGAUGUGCAUUGAUUUCUCCUUCUGUCUGUGCAGUCAAAGAUUUUAAGAACAUAUCCAGUUGGUGAUCUGUUGCCUUUAAAACUUGAGCUUUUUUCUUUCUUCCUUUACUUCUUUCCCACCUGUGUUCUCCUUUCUCAUCUCAACUUGAUGAACUUUCAAAGUGGGGAAAAAAAGACCGACCUUGACAAAGAAACCAGAUUCACUAGGGAAUGGGACUGGCUUAUAAGCAAAGCAUAUUAAAAUUAUUAUAAUGAUUAUUUCUUUAAGUUAUUCAUACAACAAGUCAGGGGAUUUUUAUGUUCUAUGUCGUAUUUCUUUAUUAUUUUUUAUAUAAUAUUCCUGUCUGGGGGAACGAGCAAAUGAAUGCACAGUGCUCAAGGAGCAGAGAAAAAAAAAUGCAACCAUAAAUAGGACUUUUACUUUAUUUUUGAAUUGACAGUCAUUGUGAGGGUUCCUCUACAGAGAGGGUGGAAACUAUGAAGGGUGGAAAAAUAGAAUGAAAAUCUAGCUCCCCUUAAUUGUUUCAACGGAGACUUGUUUCAGCUGUAGGGUUUCCUUAGAGUGCUCAUUCCCUGAAGCUGAACAGCUGCAAAUAAAAACCUCUGCAAUUCAAAAAAAGAAAACUGGUCCAACUCCUCAUAAACAAACCAUGCUAAUACUCAACCUUGGUUCCUUAGGGUAGUUACAUUUUUGUCAGCUUGUGUCCAAUAUUUGGGCAUUGCAACAUACAUGAAAGAGAGUGGGUGGACUUAAUAGAAUUUGCACAAAGCUAAGAAUGUGACACUAUUUAUCCUAAUUUAAUGUUCCGUUAUCAAUAUACUGUCUUCCUGCUUUCUGUUCCCAGCCUAGUGUGCCGACUGGGGUCAGCAAUUUCUUUCUGUAAAUGAAAAUCAGUGUUUUGCUAAUUUUAAACAUGAGCAGAAUUUCCUGCAGUUUAAAAUUAGUGUCCUAUAAGCACCAAAAUUGGGCAAACUUCUGGGAGCAAGAUGCAAAUCUACCCUAUAUGUACCAAAAAUGUUUUUUUUUUUUUUUUUUACAUUAAAUUUAGUAAAAUAAAGUUUAUUGGAUACAGAAGUGAUUGUCUUUCAGCUGUGAACAAACUAUAGGAUGAGGCCGAAAGCAACGAUUUGGUAAUAACAAAUAAGGUUUAAUGGGUUUUAAGAGAAGUAUCAUUGAAUGGGUGCAGCCUACAGAGCAUAAAUAAACAUAUUAGGAAUGUUAUGGCAGCCAGUUAUAUUGUAGCCCCCAUUGAAAUGUCCCUUAGUUUUCCAGGACAGAAACACUCGGAGCCAAUUCACCCUGUACAAAUACCCCUACCUCUAUUUUUAUUUUCUUGUGCAAAGCUUUAGAAGUCUGUAAGGAGCCAUCUUGAAGCCUACAUCCUGAAUUCACUCCCCUAUCAUGUAUUAUUCUGUGCCAUCUCUGAAAGUUUUUGUUUCAUCCCGUCAACAGUUCCCCCCUCUCAUUCAUCAUCCAAGCCAACAUUACAGUCUGAAUAUAGUACUAUAAAAGGAUUUGUACUGUAUUUAUAAUGUAUAAUGAUUUUUUUAAAAGAAUGAUGUACAUUUAGUACUGCUGUGUAAAUUAAAUUUGCUCCUCUUUUUAAAAA